CAGUGAUAGAACCGUUGAAUCAUAUCAUUCUUCCCCCACGGUAAUGCUUUUGGCCUACCAACCCUGAACCUUGGCGGCUGAUCUCCCCCUCCUCCUGCUUACCUCACCACUGACGCCAGCCACUUAUAUAUAACUGCCUGCUUUAACAGACUCACAACCAAACUCGUCUUCUUCAUCUUCUUUUGUUUCCCUGUUCUGUUCUUUUCGAGUUCGGUCUGAGAUAUAAAAACCCAGAAACAGCUUGAGAGAAAGAACAUAGCUUUUACAUCUCAAUGACUUCUAUCAACCUCUAUUGUUCCCCUAUGGCUCUCUUCCCUUCUUCUCAAAGGAACAAUGGAUUAAGUACUGGGACUUCGGUUAAACCAAAUGGGGGUGUGUCUGAUUUUGUCGCGCCGAGUUUGAAUAGGAACUUGUGCUUCAGUUUGAGGGGUGAUUUUCGGGUUAGAGCUACAUUGGUAUCUGGAGAGGAUGAUCUCCUGUCUCAUGCUAAUGGGGUUGAAGCACAACCGGACGCGUUGGGUUUUGGAACACUUGCCGCUGAUAUGGCGCCGUUCAGCAGCGGUUUUUCUUCUGAUAAUGAUGAGUAUGAUCUGGAUUAUCCUAUUCAGGGAUUUUCUUCCAUUGCUGAUGCCAUUGAGGAUAUUCGUCAAGGCAAGAUGGUAAUUGUUGUAGAUGAUGAAGGUAGAGAAAAUGAGGGAGAUCUUAUAAUGGCAGCAUCCUUGGCAACGCCAGAAGCUAUGGCUUUUAUUGUCAAGCAUGGAACUGGGAUUGUUUGUGUGAGCAUGAAAGGAGAAGACUUAGAAAGGUUGCAACUCCCGUUGAUGGUGACACAGAAUGAAGAAAAACUUUGUACAGCAUUCACUGUCUCAGUGGAUGCCAAACAUGGUACAACAACUGGUGUUUCUGCUCGCGAUAGAGCUGUGACAGUCUUGGCCCUUGCAUCCAGGGAUUCAACACCUGAAGAUUUCAACCGACCAGGUCAUAUCUUUCCCCUAAAGUACAGGGAGGGAGGAGUUCUAAAAAGAGCUGGGCACACGGAAGCUUCCGUUGAUCUUGCAAUGUUGGCUGGGCUAGAUCCAGUAGCAGUUUUGUGUGAAAUUGUGGAUGAUGACGGUUCUAUGGCUAGAUUACCAAGGCUCCGUCAAUUUGCAGAGAAAGAAAACUUGAAAAUUAUUUCUAUUGCUGAUUUGAUAAGAUAUAGGAGAAAAAGGGACAAGUUGGUGGAGCGGGCUGGAGCUGCCCGGAUACCCACAAUGUGGGGGCCAUUUGAAGCCUACUGUUAUAGGUCAUUUCUUGAUGGGAUUGAGCACAUUGCUAUGGUCAAAGGUGAUAUUGGAGACGGGCAAGAUAUACUUGUGAGAGUCCAUUCAGAGUGUCUCACUGGUGACAUCUUUGGGUCGGCCAGAUGUGAUUGUGGAAACCAGCUGGCACUCGCCAUGAAGCAAAUUGAAGCAGCUGGUAGGGGUGUUUUGGUGUAUCUCCGUGGACAUGAAGGUAGAGGAAUUGGUUUAGGCCACAAGCUCCAAGCUUAUAACCUGCAGGAUGAUGGGCGCGACACAGUUGAAGCCAACGAAGAGCUUGGACUACCUGUUGAUUCUCGCGAAUAUGGAAUAGGUGCACAGAUACUACGAGAUCUAGGUGUUCGUACAAUGAAACUGAUGACGAACAAUCCUGCAAAGUAUAUCGGGCUCAAAGGUUAUGGUUUGGCCGUUGUUGGCAGGGUCCCAUUAUUGACACCAAUAACUACGGAGAACAAGAGAUACUUAGAGACUAAACGUACAAAAAUGGGGCAUGUCUAUGGCUCCAAUGUCAACGGUCAUAUAGAUAGCACCAGUGACGACAGCAGUUCAACCAUCAGCAACCCAUCUAAUGGUGUCUCGGAGACAUGAACAUGCUCAUUUUACACGCUGGAGUCUGUAGAUUCAGGCGGUAACUGACUGCCAGAAUUAUUCUAAUAUAUGGCAUAACAUAUACUUUUUAUAUGACAUUUAAAAUGUGCUCAACGUCCUGUAGAUUGAUAGUCAUUACAUGAAGCUGUUGUUUGCCACUGGAUAUGAGGCAGACUGGAUGGGCUAAUUUAUCAUUGGUUGAUUGGAUUUUGCCGAACAACUA